AUGUCUACGUGGACUUCUAUUUUACAAGUGCUUGAAAAUGUGUAUGAUGAUGGUACUAAUGAUGAUAAUAGUGGUAUCACCACCAGUUUGAUUGAUAAGAUGGAGAGUUAUGAAUUUGUGCUUGUGAUGCAUUUGAUGAAAUCUUUAUUGGGAAUCACAAAUGAAUUGUCACUUGCCUUACAACAAAAUUAUCAAAACAUUGUACUGGCUGUCAAUUUGAUCAAGACAAUAAAAGUUCGAUUACAAAAAUUGAGAGAGGAUGGAUGGGAGAAUUUUUCGGACGUCGCCAACAAAUUUUGUAGUAACCAUAUGAUUCCAGUACCGAAUAUGGAAGAAAAUAUAAGAACUCGUGGUCGCAGCAGAUGUAAUGGACAAAUGAUUACUAAUUUUCAUAACUAUCGUGUUGAAAUUUUUUGUCAGGUUCUUGAUAUGAUGGUUCAAGAGAUGAGUAAUCGGUUUUCAGAAUCAAGUACGGAGGUACUUACUUGCAUUGCUUGCUUAGAUCCAAAGAACUCUUUUUCUCAAUUUGAUAUUGGUAAGCUACUCCACCUUGCUGAACUUUAUUCGGAGGACUUUUCAUUGACUGAUCGUGCAAUACUUGAGGACCAACUUGAGACUUACAUUCAAAAUGUACGAGGUGAAUUUUCUAUGAUUGAAGAUUUGGGAAGUCUUGCUAAAAAUAUGGUUGAAAUGAGCAAGAAUACAAUUUUUCCAUUGAUAUAUCGUUUGAUCAAGUUAACAUUAGUUUUACCAGUUGCAACUGCUUCUGUUGAAAAAGUUUUUUCUGCGAUGAAAAUUAUCAAGACUGAUUUGCGUAAUAGGAUGGGGGAUGCGUGGAUGAAUGACAGUUUGGUAGUAUACAUCGAGAAAGAUAUUUUUGCUACAAAUGAAAAUGAACAAAUUUUACAACAUUUUCAACAGAUGAACACUCGUAGGAUCCAGUUGCCUCCUCUUGUUUGUAUGUCUAGAUAUGAUGCUGGUAGUUCAAGUAUUAAAAAAUAA